UUCAAAUAGGUACAGUAGAUACAGUACCUUGAAGGAAAUUCGUUGUUCGUCGUUACACAAAUGCAGUUUAUUUUUACGAUAAGUAAAUUCGACUCAUCGCGCGAAUUAAAAAGAAUGAAUUCAUUAUGAAAAAAUUUUUAUUUGGUACAUUCGUUAUACGCAAUUAAAGUUCGAUAAAAACAUUCAUCCGAAUGCUGAUAACCUUUCGUCAAAUCAAAUAAUCGUGGGUAUUCGAGUAAAAUGAAAAAAACAGUUCGUUAAUGCGUAAAGUGUUAGUGUACUUGGCAGGUACGCAAGAUUCAGACUAAUGUACUCGUAGCAUAGACCAGGGCAGUAAAGUUCAAAAAAAUGAAAUUUUUUGAAAUUUUGUCGUGUUUGUGCGUAUUAAUAACCAGUAUUACUAACGCGGUAUCGGAUAAACCACAUAUUAUAGUGUUAGUUAUCGAUGACUUGGGAUGGAACGAUGUAGGAUUUCACGGAUCUAAUGAAAUACCUACCCCGAACAUAGACGCUUUAGCGUAUAAUGGAAUGAUACUUAAUCGCCAUUACACUCAGCCUACGUGUACUCCAUCCAGAGCAGCUUUAAUGACCGGAAAAUAUCCUAUAAGGCUGGGUAUGCAAGGAGCUCCUAUAGGAGAAGGAUCACCAAAUGCGCUUCCAUUGGAUGAAAAGUUAUUGCCUCAACAUUUAAAAGACUUGGGAUACUCUACCAGUUUAAUCGGUAAAUGGCACUUGGGUUACUACAAACAAGAAUGCACACCGAUAUCGCGAGGAUUCGAUACACAUUUCGGAUACUACAACGGCUGGAUUCGAUACAACGACAGUGUGGUUUUCACGACCGAUGGCAAUGUGAGUGGCAUCGAUGCCUGGGAAAAUAACCAACAUGCUGGUGAAAAGUUGCGUAACAAAUACAACACCGAUGUUUUUACCGACGAAGCGAUUAACAUUAUAAAAGCCCACGAUACUGAAAAACCUUUGUUUUUGGAUUUGUCGUUUACGGCCGUUCACGCCAUCGGUAAUUCUCGGUUACAAGUUCGAGAUUUUCAACAAAAUGAAAAACAGUUUGGUUACAUUAAAGACCCCGAUCGUCGAAUGUUCGCCGGCGUUUUAUCAGCGGUCGACGAAUCUGUCGGUAAGAUAAUAGAAGCGUUACAUGAAAAAUCCAUGUUGAACAAUUCCAUCGUUUUGUUCAUCGCUGAUAAUGGAGGAGCUACCGAAGAUAGUAAAGGCAUGUUUAGGAAUACUGCAUCGAAUUGGCCUCUUAGAGGGUGGAAAACUUCCGUAGCCGAAGGAGGUGUUCGAGGUGUAGCAGCUAUAUGGAGUACGAUGAUAAAAAAGAAAAAUUUCGUAUCUCAGAAAAUUUUUCACUUGACUGAUUGGCUUCCUACGUUUUACGCUGCUGGAGGUGGAAAUGUAAGUCAUUUAGGUCAAAUUGAUGGUAUCAAUCAGUGGGAUCAUUUGACUGGCAAUGCUGCUCAUUCUCCUAGAAAGGAGGUAUUGCUCAAUAUUGACGAAGUUAAAGGCGAUGAAGCUAUAAUUGUUGGAAAUUGGAAAUUAGUUAAAAUUUUAAAAGCCCCCACAGAGUUCGGAGGAUCAUCUGGACGCGAAGAUGAAUACAAUUACAACAUGUCCUCUGUUGUGGCCACCACAACUCAUAAAAUACUCAACUCCUACUCCAAUAGAACAAACGAAGAUACGAAUAAAACCACGCAUCACUUUUGGAGAAUACGAAAUCACGCAAAAAUUGAUAAACAUUGCAAGAAUCGAAUAAACGAUACGAAUAAUGAAAAUGGACCACAUGCCAAAUGUUUCCAAGAAGGUUGUUUAUUCCGUAUCAACGAGGACCAUUGCGAAUUUAAAGAUUUGAGCAAGAAACGAGUAGAAGUAGUUAGCAAACUUCGUCGUAAACUGGUGAAAUAUAGAAAAGCCCUCGUGAAACAGAUGACUAAUAUUUACGAUCCGAAUUCAGAUCCGAAAUAUUUCCAUAAUUAUUGGAGUCCUUGGAUUUCCGACUUGAUGAAAGUUGAAUGAAUCUCAUUAUCAGUUUAUAAGAAGCCUAAGUUUAGGAAACGUAUCCUAUUGCAUGUAUUUCUCUACCUAUUUUGAAUUUUUGUGUUUUUUUCCAGUUGGAUAAUUUUUUUUUUUUUAAAUUAGAUACCUAUCCAAGUUAUAAGUACCUUAUUUUGCUUGUGCACAGUUCGAAUGCACUUACGCUUAUUUUAUGUAUCUUGUUAUUUGUACACAAUUUAUUUUUAUUUUCCCCAACUUAUCUUUUUAUAGUUCGGGGUAGUUUAAAUUAGAAUAGGUACUGGGAAAGUACAGAUAAUCAUGAAAAAGAAUCUCAAUUUUAACCAAAAACAUUAUUUAUAAUUGUUAUAACAAAAAUAGGUAAUCGAACAUUUACAAAAAAUUGUACUGUACAAGUUUAAAAAAUACUGCCAAUUUUUUUAAUAAUAAAAAACAUCGCACCGAAAA